AUGGUGAAAGAGAACCAUCGAUAUCAUUUUCAGCGUCGCCCUGCAGAAAUCACUGACACUCUUUACAGCGAAACAUUCUGUAACCAGCCACGGGCAGAAUACUGGCUCAAACACAAAUCCAGAAAUAAGACACCAAGUCGUCACAAAGUGUGCACUACAAUUGCCAAAAGUGGCAAUCUGACUGUAAUGCUGUGGGCACGACAAAAAGGAUUCCCAUGGGAUGAGCAGACAUGUGCUUGGGCCGCUAGGAAUGGGCAUUUGGAAAUGCUCCAAUGGUUAAGAGAGAACGGUUGUCCAUGGAAUGCACAGACAUGCUUUCAUGCCGCUGAAAAUGGACAUUUGGAAAUUCUAAAGUGGGCUCGUGCAAAUGGUUGUCCAUGGAAUGCACAGACAUGUGCCCAUGCUGCUGGAAAUGGACAUUUGGAAGUUUUGAAGUGGGCUCGUGCAAAUGGUUGUCCAUGGGAUAAACGGACAUGUCAAUCUGCUGCUGCAGGUGGACAUUUGGAAAUUUUGAAGUGGGUUCGCUGCAAAUGGUUGUCCAUGGGAUGCACUUGCAUGUCAAUCUGCUGCUGGAAAUGGACGUUUGGAAGUUUUGAAGUGGGCUCGUGCAAAUGGUUGUCCAUGGAUAAAUGGACAUGCUUUCGUGCCGCUGAAAAUGGACAUUUGGAGAUUUUGAAGUGGGCUCGUGAACAUGGUUGUCCAUGGGAUGCACUUGCAUGUUCCUCUGCUGCUAGACGAGGACGUUUGGACAUUCUAAUGUGGGCUCGUGAAAAUGGUUGUCCAUGGAAUGAAUCAACAUGUUCCUCUGCUGCUGAAGGUGGACAUUUGAAAAUUUUGAAGUGGGCUCGUGAACAUGGUUGUCCAUGGAAUGAAGUUACAUGUUCUGGUGCUGCUGAAGGUGGACAUUUGAAAAUUUUGAGUGGGCUCGUAACAUGGUUGUCCAUGGAGAAAAGACAUGUGCCUAUGCUGCUCGAUAUGGACAGUUGGAAGUUUUGA